GAGAAAGCAGGUUGUGGCGGCGGCGCCCCGCUCUUCCCCGCUCGUCUGGGGCUUCUGCUGGCUAGUGGGAAGAAGUGCUCUUCUAGGGGGGCUUUUCUGGCCCUCGGCAAGGGUUUGGAGUUGGAGUCACAGGGGCCAAUAACUCAUCACCCCAGCACUUCGGAGGUGGCUCCCUGUGCCACGGACUCCGAGGAGUCCUUCAGCUACUGAACACUCAAAGCUGAGGAGGGCAAUUUGGUUUUGAUGCUGUGCCAGAAAUCUUCUGACAAUGAGUUACUGGAACUUGGAAAAAAGGAACUGUGUGCAGUACCGCAGGCAUUUUCUGGUGGACAACAGUGUGUUUCAUGUUGAAAGAUGCAUGAGUGUGAUGCAGUCCGGGACACAGAUGAUCAAGCUGAAACGUGGAACCAAAGGGCUUGUCCGCCUCUUUUACCUGGAUGAGCACCGGACACGCCUCCGAUGGCGACCCUCUAGGAAGAGCGAGAAGGCGAAAAUACUUAUUGAUUCCAUUUACCAAGUGACUGAGGGCCGGCAGUCUGAAAUAUUCCACAGACAAGCUGAGGGGAACUUCGACCCCAGCUGCUGCUUCACCAUCUACCAUGGCAACCACAUGGAGUCCCUGGACCUCAUCACCUCCAACCCCGAGGAGGCCCGCACCUGGAUCACAGGCCUCAAGUACCUGAUGGCUGGCAUAAGUGAUGAAGACUCCCUUGCCAAAAGGCAGAGGACCCAUGACCAAUGGGUGAAGCAGACCUUUGAGGAAGCUGAUAAGAAUGGUGAUGGCUUGUUGAAUAUUGAAGAGAUACAUCAGCUGAUGCAUAAACUGAAUGUUAAUCUGCCCCGAAGAAAAGUCAGACAAAUGUUUCAGGAAGCCGACACAGAUGAGAAUCAGGGAACUUUGACAUUUGAAGAGUUCUGUGUUUUUUACAAAAUGAUGUCUUUGAGACGAGACCUUUAUUUGUUACUUUUGAGCUACAGUGACAAGAAAGAUCACCUAACUCUGGAAGAACUGGCUCAGUUUUUGAAGGUGGAGCAAAAGAUGAAUAAUGUGACAACGGACUAUUGUCUUGACAUCAUAAAGAAGUUUGAAGUUUCAGAAGAAAAUAAGGUGAAAAAUGUUCUUGGCAUAGAAGGCUUCACGAACUUCAUGCGUAGUCCUGCCUGUGACAUAUUUAACCCAUUGCACCAUGAAGUGUACCAAGACAUGGAUCAGCCCCUCUGCAACUACUACAUUGCUUCCUCUCACAAUACAUACCUGACGGGAGACCAGCUCCUUUCUCAGUCCAAAGUGGAUAUGUACGCACGGGUGCUGCAAGAGGGCUGUCGCUGUGUGGAAGUUGACUGUUGGGAUGGCCCGGAUGGAGAGCCAGUAGUACAUCAUGGUUACACUCUCACUUCAAAAAUUCUCUUCAGAGAUGUUGUGGAGACUAUCAACAAGCACGCCUUUGUGAAGAAUGAGUUUCCUGUUAUAUUGUCUAUCGAGAAUCACUGCAGUAUCCAGCAGCAAAGGAAGAUUGCUCAGUACCUGAAAGGAAUAUUCCGAGACAAACUGGACCUGACAUCUGUUGAUACAGGGGAGUGCAAGCAGCUUCCAAGCCCUCAAAGUUUGAAAGGCAAAAUUCUAGUGAAGGGUAAGAAGUUGCCUUAUCACCUUGGGGAUGAUGCAGAGGAAGGGGAAGUUUCUGAUGAGGACAGUGCAGAUGAAAUUGAAGACGAGUGCAAAUUCAAGCUCCAUUAUAAUAAUGGGACCACUGAGCAUCAGGUGGAAUCUUUCAUAAGGAAAAAACUGGAGUCACUGUUAAAAGAAUCUCAAAUUCGAGAUAAAGAAGAUCCUGAUAGUUUCACAGUGAGGGCACUACUGAAGGCCACGCAUGAAGGCUUAAAUGCACACCUGAAGCAGAGUCCAGAUGUAAAGGAAAGUGGAAAGAAAUCACAUGGACGAUCCCUCAUGACCAACUUUGGAAAACAUAAGAAAACUACAAAAUCACGGUCUAAAUCUUAUAGUACUGAUGAUGAGGAAGACACACAGCAGAAUACUGGCAAGGAGGGUGGCCAGCUGUACAGAUUGGGUCGCCGAAGGAAAACCAUGAAGCUCUGCCGAGAACUCUCUGAUUUGGUUGUGUACACAAACUCCGUGGCGGCUCAGGACAUUGUGGAUGAUGGAACCACAGGAAAUGUGUUAUCAUUCAGUGAAACAAGAGCACAUCAGGUUGUUCAGCAAAAAUCAGAGCAGUUCAUGAUUUAUAAUCAAAAGCAACUCACGAGGAUUUACCCCUCUGCCUACCGCAUUGAUUCCAGUAACUUCAACCCUCUCCCCUACUGGAACGCAGGCUGCCAGCUAGUGGCAUUGAAUUACCAAUCUGAAGGACGAAUGAUGCAGUUAAACCGAGCCAAAUUCAAGACAAAUGGCAAUUGUGGCUAUGUCCUCAAACCCCAGCAAAUGUGCAAAGGUACUUUCAACCCUUUCUCUGGUGACCCUCUUCCUGCCAACCCCAAAAAGCAGCUCAUCCUAAAAGUUAUCAGUGGACAGCAACUCCCCAAACCUCCAGACUCCAUGUUUGGAGAUCGAGGCGAGAUCAUUGACCCUUUUGUUGAAGUUGAAAUUAUUGGAUUGCCAGUAGAUUGUUGUAAAGAUCAAACCCGUGUGGUAGAUGACAAUGGAUUUAACCCUGUGUGGGAAGAAACACUGACAUUUACAGUACACAUGCCAGAAAUAGCUUUGGUUCGGUUCCUUGUGUGGGAUCAUGAUCCCAUUGGACGAGACUUUGUUGGACAAAGAACCGUGACCUUUAGCAGCUUAGUGCCUGGCUACCGGCAUGUCUAUUUGGAAGGACUGACAGAAGCGUCCAUAUUUGUACACAUAACCAUCAAUGAAAUCUAUGGAAAGUGGAGCCCUUUAAUACUCAACCCCAGUUAUACUAUAUUGCACUUUCUAGGAGCUACAAAGAACAGACAACUCCAGGGUCUGAAGGGACUGUUCAAUAAGAAUCCUAGGCACAGUUCUUCAGAAAACAAUUCCCAUUAUGUACGGAAGCGAUCCAUUGGAGAUAGAAUUCUGCGACGCACAGCUAGCGCCCCAGCCAAAGGCAGGAAAAAGAGCAAAAUGGGCUUCCAAGAAAUGGUGGAGAUAAAGGAUUCUGUGUUCGAGGCCACAAGAGAUCAAGAUGGCGUGCUGAGGAGGACCACACGCAGUUUGCAAGCACGCCCUGUCUCUAUGCCUGUUGACAGAAACCUUCUGGGAGCUUUGUCGCUGCCUGUAUCUGAAACAGCAAAAGACAUUGAAGGAAAAGAAAACUCUCUGGCAGAAGAUAAAGAUGGCAGAAGAAAAGGGAAAGCAAGUAUAAAAGAUCCACAUUUUCUACAUUUCAACAAAAAGUUAUCGUCCUCCUCCAGUGCUCUCCUCCACAAAGAUACCAGCCAAGGGGACGCCACUGUAUCUACUGUCCACAUGUCAGUCACAGGAGAACAGCUGGGUGUGUCAAGUCCUAGGGGUGGGAGAACCACAUCAAAUGCCACAAGUAAUUGCCAGGAAAACCCCUGUCCCAGCAAGUCUCUCUCCCCAAGGCAGCAUUUGGCUCCCGAUCCUGUAGUUAACCCCACACAAGAUCUGCAUGGUGUGAAAAUCAAGGAAAAGGGGCAUGCUGAGGACUUUGUGGAAGGGAAAAGCAUCUUGUCAGGAAGCAUCCUUUCUCAUAGCAACCUAGAAAUUAAGACCCUGGAAGGUAAUAGGAGUAAGGGCCGAGCUGCAACAUCCUUUUCUUUGUCAGACGUCUCCAUGCUCUGUUCUGACAUACCUGACCUACAUUCAACUGCAAUUCUGCAGGAGAGUGAAAUUUCCCAUCUUAUUGACAAUGUCACUUUAACAAAUGAGAAUGAGCAGGGCAGUUCCAUCUCAGCCCUGAUUGGCCAGUUUGAUGAGACCAACAAUCAGGCUCUCACAGUUGUUUCUCAUCUUCAUAAUACCAGUGUGAUGUCAGGCCAUUGCCCCUUGCCUAGCCUGGGCCUAAAAAUGCCCAUCAAGCAUGGUUUUUCCAAGGGAAAAUCCAAAUCUUCCUUCCUGUGCUCAUCUCCAGAGCUGAUAGCACUCUCGAGUCCUGAGACCACCAAACAUGAAACGAACACAGUUUAUGAAACUACCUGCACUCCCAUCUCUAAAACCAAACCAGAUGAUGACCUUUCUAGUAAGGCCAAGACAGAGGCCUUAGAAAGCAACCUGCCUGGGUCCCCUAAUACUUCUCAUGGCUGGUUACCAAAAAGUCCUACCAAGGGAGAAGACUGGGAAACACUGAAGAGGUGCAGCCCUGCCUCUUCCCCUGAUUUGACCCUGGAGGAUGUAAUAGCUGAUCCCACUCUCUGUUUCAAUUCUGGGGAGAGCAGCCUUGUGGAAAUUGAUGGAGAAUCAGAAAAUCUUUCUCUAACAACCUGUGAAUAUAGGAGAGAGGGCACAAGUCAACUUGCUUCUCCUUUAAAACUCAAGUACAGUCAGGGUGUGGUAGAACACUUUCAAAGAGGUUUGAGAAACGGCUACUGUAAAGAGACCCUCCACCCUUCUGUCCCUGAAAUAUUCAACAAUAUUCAAGAUGUCAAAACUCAAAGUAUUUCUUAUCUAGCCUAUCAGGGUGCUGGCUUUGUGCAUAACCAUUCCUCAGAUUCAGAUGCAAAAAUGUUCCAGACCUGUGUGCCCCAGCAGUCUAGCACUCAAGAUAUGCAUGUCCCUGUACCCACGCAGUUGGCACAUCUUCCUUUGCCUGCUCUGAAACUGCCCAGUCCUUGCAAAUCCAAAAGUCUGGGGGACUUAACAUCAGAGGACAUUGCCUGCAAUUUUGAGAGCAAGUACCAGUGUAUUAGUAAGAGUUUUGUUACAACUGGCAUUAGAGACAAGAAGGGCGUGACUGUGAAGACAAAGUCGUUAGAGCCUAUAGAUGCCCUGACCGAGCAGCUUCGGAAGCUUGUGUCCUUUGACCAGGAAGACAACUGCCAAGUGCUAUAUUCAAAGCAGGAUGCCAAUCAGCUCCCCCAGGUACUGGUCAGGAAGUUGUCAUCCAGAAGUCAGAGCAGAGUGCGCAAUAUUGCUAGUCGUGCCAAGGAGAAACAGGAAGCCAACAAGCAGAAAGUUCCAAACCCCAGCAACGGGGCAGGAGUGGUUCUUAGAAACAAACCCUCAGCACCCACCCCUGCAGUGAAUCGCCACUCCACCGGCUCCUACAUCGCAGGCUACCUGAAGAACACGAAAGGGCGUGGCCUUGAAGGCCGGGGCAUCCCGGAGGGGGCAUGCACGGCUCUUCGCUAUGGCCACGUUGACCAGUUUUGUUCAGAUAAUUCUGUUUUGCAGACUGAACCAAGCAGUGAUGAUAAACCAGAAAUUUAUUUUCUUUUGAGACUGUGAAUUAUAUAAAACUGCAUUCUUAAGGUUUACAAGGUAUUCCGUAGAAUGUCAGAGUUUUCAGUAAAUAAGUUCCUUGGCUUUGGAAUGAUUUUCAAAUGUAUUUUUAAACUUGUAUUUGGGUCUCCCUUUGACUUCAUGUGUUCUCCCUGUUAAUGCAUUUGUAUAUAGAUUUGGUGACAUUUCCCAUGUACCUAUUAUGAUCUUUCUCCCUUGAGUUGUUGUAAACUGUAUCAGUAUGAAAUAUGUGCAUGCCCUAGAUGUGAAACUCCUCAGCAGCUCGGGUUAUAAUGUGUGUGUGUUUCACCAAGAUGUCCUUUACUGUGUCCUCAGAUUGCAGUCACAAAUGUAGUCAUUUUUACCCUCCAACUGUUGAGUUGAUUAAGAGACUUUGCAAACGACAAAGGGAUGAAUUCCUUACUUUAAUCUGUUAUCAUUUUUCCUAUGUUUCCCUCUUUGUUGAGAAGCCCAGAUGCAUUUUUAUAACUCAAGUUUAAAAACUUUAAAAUAGUUACCUUGCCUUUUAGGAUGUUCUUAUCCCACCCAUAAUGAGAGUUUAAAGGGGAUGGAUAGCUGCUCCCCAUGCCCUUCCCACUUUUUGGAAUAGGCUGUGAGGGUGUGAGGAAGAAGGCCGUCUUUUGUACAUAAGGACAAAAUUGUUUGUUUUACAUAAAUUUUGUUACAUAUUUUUGCUAAUGGCUUUGUAUGUAACAAGAAGCCAGUUGCCAAACUACUUGUUGUACUUUUGAAUUUUCUGAUUGAAUUACAGACUGCGAACAAUGGCUUUCAGAAUGAGGGACUUCCAUCAGACUCUAAUGGUAAUAGUAGCACAAAUUGAAAACUUCCCCAAAGCUUUCAAAGAAUAUUUUCUCAUAAUAAAAUCCAAGUGAACAGAUAAUUAGAAGAAACCCUUUUCCUUCAGGGAACCAAGCAACUCUAUUUUAGUACUGACAUGCAUUAUUUUCACUGUGAAUUCACUUUUUUAUUGCAUGUUCAGAUGUCCCUCUUUGUUUUUUUUUUUGUAACAUUAACUGCAGUGAUGUUCUUCCUGGAAUUCAUGAAAAUAUAAUUAAAAUACAUUUUUAAACACUU